GCGCUGCACGUGCAACGGUCGGCGGAGAAGCUAGCCGGCCUAGCCAGCCGACGGACAACCAAAUUGAUUAGCAGGUAAUUAAUCCUUUCAGGUUCCAAAAAUCUCCAGUGGAUAAAAACGGGAGACGUGGUGAUGCUUUCCUCAGUCAUCGCCCAUCGCCCCCUAUUAUAUGUAUUACAGUAAGUAUGUGGUGGUGGUGAUGGUGGUGGUAGUAGUAGUAGUAGGUAUGUGUCCAAAAACAGUGCCUCCAGUAAGUCCAAGACAAGAAAAAAUCCAAGCAGCCGCUUCCCAAAGCCCACAUGCUAUAUCCAAAAAGAAGUAUUCAACAAAUCAAGCCCAAACCUGGGGGGAACCGAAUCGCAGACCGGGGGCAGACGCCAAGAAAGAGACACCGACACGAAUGCAUGAAAACAACACGAGCCCUGGGGAUAUAUAUCGGAGUCCCACGUGAAGCAACACAGAUAAUGCCAAGAAGAGCAAUGUCCACACAGAAUAUUAGACCGCGGUUGAGAAGCCGUGGAUGGAUAAGAAGGCAGAGUG